GUGUAUUCAACAACUUUUCAUAAGACCCGAAUUUUUGGCAGCUUCCGGAUAGUUCUCAGACAACACUACAAGACGCUAUGGCGGAAGUAGACAAGGAACAGAACCCUCUGUUGGCGGCUCUGCCGCCUGCAACUGACUAUCUGACGUACUUGACCCUCAUUGAGUACAACCUUACUGAGGAGAACUUGCCUGUACUUCACCAGGUUUUACAAGAUACUGAGCUAACCAUCAACAUUGGGUGGGAUCUGAUACACCUCCUGCUUCCUUUGCUUCCGGCUUCCGAAGAAUGUUUACAGGACGUCGCUGCACGUGGUAAUCCACGGGAGUGCAUCUUGAAAGUCACAGAGGCACUACGACUGCUCCGGUUCGAGGAACGCGAAGAAUCUGACGAUGAAGUUGAUCUAGGUGCGGAGGAGUCUUCCAGUAAAGCGGCGCCAGUCGCAAUAGGCGAAUCCAGCUUGUCACCAGCCUUACCCAGGGCUGAGGUACCACCCCAUUCAGUGCUGAGGUUCGAGGUUCUAUUGUCACUGUUAGCUACGCUGCAUAAACGGAUCAAGACGAAGUAUCCUAGCAGGUUCCUGUCUACAAGUUUGCAGGCUGUUCUUGCUGCGUAUGAUGAAAUCACGACACACCGGGACGAACUCACCUUGGCAACUGUCAAGUUCGUGAAGGAAAUCUCUGGCAAGAAGAGACCACAUCUGCCCCCUCGUACAAGUAGUGGGAACAUUCUCCGUACUGGUACUGGAUUUUCGGAACCGGAUCCUGAAGCCCAGGCAGACCCUCCAACUGCUGACGAGAACACACUGAGCAACCGUUUACUCCAGUCGUUCGUCACGCAUGUUCUAAAAGACUACAUAUUCUCGCUGUUCUCCGAUGAGGAUGUCCCUGGUCUUGCAUGGUCCAGCAGAUUGAUGGAAAAGUUCGAGCCACAUCGAUUAAUACCAAAUAAGACUACGUAUGCCGACCGAUUCGCCGAGCAGGAGGAGUUCACUUCAAGAACGGCCAUAGUGGGACAGCUUGUGGCUUUAGCUCAGGACUUGGGCCUAUCUGACUCCGAUCUGACCGAAGCCAUCUAUGAUGAAAGCACAGAGAAGGCAGAGAAGGUAGUCGAGGAAGACGAGCCGCCCGCAUCUGCAAAGGAUAUCCCAUUAUCCAAGACGGGAUCUCUUCUGCUGCACUCGGCACGAACUAUCAAGCAAGAACUUUAUGCAACGACCGCGGCGGGUGAUGAGAGUGUCCUUCCAAUCUUCCCAGACCAUGCCUCACUUCUCCAGAACUUUGUGGGCAUCAAUGGUCUGCAGAAUAUCGGAAAUGAGCCUGAAGCUCUCUUGGACGCACUGCUCUCCUUAGGACUCAUCGCGCUGGAAAAGAACAACGUUGGAGAGCCUACAGAUGAUGAGCAUUUCACAAAGUAUCUGCAACUUACGUCUCUCAUUUCCGCAAAUUCUCCCUCGCCCAGCCUCAGGUACCAUGCGCACUAUCUUACAUCGACGGUCCUCCGAUCGCAUCCUUCAGACCUUGUGCGCUUGACAUUCAUACGAGACACUCUCGAACACUGCCCGUACGAAAAUCUCAAAGCAAGUGCCGUGGGCUGGCUCAAGGGAGACACUUUAGAAGCCAACAUUCCGCACGGCAACGACAGUUCAGAAAGCUCCUCGCCUUCCAUCUUCGCAACGCCGGUUGCCCUGCAGACGGUCUCACCCUUCCUCUUUCCCGAUCCAACCAAGACCUGGGCCUCUUCUGAAGACGUGACAGAGAGCUGGACGCAGUUCCGCCUUGAGCUGGGAUUCUAUCUUGCUUCAUUGAACUUUUACUACCUUCUGCUCUCUGCCAAACAAUUACAUGGCGCACUUGAUAUCCCCGGAUUACACAAGCAGUCACUCAUAGAAGACGGCUUCAUUAAUCCGUUAAAGGACGCCGUCAAGCGUUUCAAGGACUCUCUAGCGGACGGAGGUAGAUUAGCCAUCUCAGAGGGCGAGGAGAACGUCGAAGCCGCCAAGGCAGAUAUCGCGCGUCUUGAAGAUGUUCUUGAGAGGGUGGACAGUGGUGUUCAGAGCUUAGGGAAAGCAUAACUUAGCGGGGAUCUCACACACUUAUGACAUGACAUCACGAUGAACGGAACGAUUGGAAUGGUCAUGAAGUGCAAUGAGGAAUCACAUAUAUCAUUUCGUACAAUUCAAAUGCUUGCAAUAAACUUAUUUAUGAUAACC